GUUGGAAUGGGGUGGAGACAACUGCAUAAAAAUGAAAGCAGCAAACUUCCGCGUUAGUUGCGUCAUAUCUGACGUUCUUCGUACGACUCCUCCAACACAACGCAGGACUGAAGUUUCCCGUGGUUGUUUUACAUGAUGGAAGGUGAUUCACCUUCAAUAACAUGUAGCGAUGAAUAUCGACUGCUUCAAACAUACUGCCUGAAGAGGAGAAAGUCAAGCACCAAAACAAGUGCCUGUGUGUUCUACGCACAAUCAGCUGAGAUAUUUGGUGAUGUGGCCGAAAAACUGACCCGGAUUGUAGACAGCGGACUUCUUGUUGAUGAUGGAAUAGAGGCAGAUUCUGUUAACACAGAUGAUAUAGAGAAGCUUGUUGAAUUACUGAAGAAAUCAGGGGAUGAAUUAAAUGAGAAGAUUCAGAAGAACCAUGAGCUUGUAGGAUACCUGCAGCGUACUUUGUCCUACGACUUCUUUGACAAACUGACCACAGCCUUCAUCAAAAGUGUGGUACCAGAAUAUCUUCAGAGCAGGAGCAAACAUGAGCAGAUCGCCCUGACCUUUGAAGUCACCAGCAGGCUCCAAACCUUGGACCUUCACCCCAUGAACAGGGUCAUGGGAUUCGGAGCUCAGUACCUGCAAAAGUACUUUGCUCCCUGGGUUAAACAGCACGGUGGAUGGGAGAAAGCCUUUGACGACGAUGAUGAGGAGGUCCAUUGACAAGAUUUACUGUGAAAUGGAUGGUUAUUAGUGAUCUGAUUUGAUACAAGAUGAUUUUUUUUUGGUGAUAUUGAAGUGUACAUUCACAGUAUUGAAUACUUGCUUGUAUUGUCAAAUAAAAUUGUGUUAGUGAAU